GAGGUCACGCCCCUGCGGGACGGCGUGGGCCAGCCGGGCUUCCUGAUGAGCGAGGAGGGCUUCGUGACGGAGCUGCAGCGCUUCGGCUAUGCGGAGAGCGGCGGGCUGCAGCUGGGCGCCCGCGUGGUGCGGCUGUGCGGCCAGGGCCUGGUCCACCUCGGCCCCGACGAGAGGGCGCGUCUGCUGCGCACCGCUCACAAGAUCCACAUCACCGUCAUCCCCCCGGAUGAGAACGGAAAACCUCGCAGGAGUUUCUCUGAGCUGUACCAGAAGGCGAUCCAGGAUGCUGAACGUAAACCUGGGGAGGGCCAGUCUGGGGAAGCCUGGGUGCUGGAUGAGAGGGAGGAGGAGGAGGAGGAGCCAGAGGAGGAGGAGGAGGAGCCAGAGGAGGAGGAGAGGAAGCAAGGCGAGGGCAGGGAGGCGGAGAUGAUAGAGGUGGAAGUGGAUGCAGGGGAGGCAGAGGAUCGCUCGUCAGAGAAGGUCCAGGGUGAGGAGGGUCACACGUCGCUCCUCUCCCCCGCCAGCCUGCCUCUGCUUCGGGCCACUUCUCUACAGGAGGCCCCCCCCCUCCAGGCCCCAGAAGACCCCGCCGCCCAGCUGACACGAAGCAGCUCCCUGGAGAGACACCCUAACUGCAGGGACAUAUGUGACAGACAUGUGUAUGACAACGUGGGCCUGAAGGUGGACGAGCCCGUCUACGAGAACUGCGGCGAGCUCCGAGACGCCACGCCCGACCUCAUCCUCGCCGUUAAACCCAAGGCCCCCCCGCUGGAUGGAGAACAGUUGGUGGGCGCUGAGCUGGGUGAGGAUGGCGGGCCCUCGCUGGCCUCCUCCCAGCUCUCCUGUCUGGACAGAGCAGAGAGGAACUCCAGAGCUCUCAGCCUCCACUACUCCAUCACCAAGAUCCUGUCAGAGAACACAGACUCGUCGGAGGAGGAGUGGCAGUCCAUCUCUGACCUGGCCUCAGCCUGCAGGAGCAUCCUGGAGGCCCUGUCACGAGAGGACCGCAGAGCAGGAGAUGGGACUCUGUCUGGAGCAGACGGCUCCUCUCUCAGCGGACAGACCGACGGCAAGAUCAAGGACAUGAAGGACAGUGAUUCCCCGGGACACCUGGAGGAGAAGGUGUCCCAGCUGGAGGCCAUGCUGAAGAGACUCCAGGACGACCUGCAAAAGGAGAAGGAGGACAAGGCGGUGCUGCAGGCCGAGGUGAAGAGCCUCCGGCAGAAUAACCAGCGGCUGCAGGAGGAGUCCCAGACCACGGUGGCCCACCUCAUCAAAGUCACAGAGCUGCUGUGCAAUGUCAACAAGCCCUGCUAGCUCUGUCACCGCACUGUAGCACACACACAGUAGCAUGUGUAUGCACACACACACACAUGCAGACACACGCACAGUAGCAUGUGUAUGCACACACAAACACACACGCAGACUCACACACAGUAGCAUGUGUACAUACACACACACAUACACACAUAGUAGCAUGUCUACACACACACAGUAUAGACACGCACACGCCCACACACGUAUGCAUGCUCGGCACAUACUCAAGCACACACACACACACCACAGGCAUACACACAGCUGCAUGCAUGCUCGGCACAUACUGAAGCACACACACAUACGCACACAAAAUCACACCAAGUCAACUGUGUACACUGCACAUUGACUUUAUACAAUAUAUGUCCCACCAGAACAGUAAUAGAUGUGUGCGCAGACACAUAUAAGUAUACAAAAGUGCACCCGCCCCUCUCUGUAUAUAAUCCCUGUCCCGUAGUACCCUGGGACGAUCCUGGGGUUCAAAAGUAUGCAACACCCAUCCUAUUUUUCCAUGUCCUGGUUCUGUUCAUGGACUGACCACAUAUACAGCCCACCCAGAGGCUGCAGACUUCACAAUACUUGUUUCUGUAGUGUGUGUGUGUGCGAGUGUGUGCGUGCGUGCGUGUGUGUGUCACCAUAGUUCUUCUAUCUGACAUACUCGACAAGUUGGGCUGAAUAGCGCUUGCUUUCGAAGCAGUUCGACUGACUAGAAAGAUGCUGUGUAGCAUGUGAGGCGGACGUCAUAUGACGAACACAAGACCACCAGACCCCUUCCCCUCUCUCUGCCCAGUCCUCUACCUGCCACGCCCUCUACAGGAGAGCAGCUCAGCUGUGGAUCACACGAGGAGAGAGGGCCUGACAAUGAGAUGGCCGCUGGCGCGGUCCUGCUUCAAAAGACAGAGUGAUGUACACUGACCCCUCGCUCAGCAGCCUCAUUCAAGGGACCGGGUCUCUUUGUUUCGGGUCACUGUCCCUCCCCCUCUGCCCCCAGGGAGACUCCUCAGUACCAUUUGAGUGUUUCUGGGCCCUUCAGACGGAUCGGUACAGAGAUUCCCAUCUCUCAUGACUCAGAUGGAGUACAGCUGACGAGGUCGACAUUCUUUGGGACGUUUUCUUCAGAGGAACUGCGAGGAUUUGUGACAUGAAUGAAGAAGAUGUCGCAACGAUACACCUCGGCUGUACAUGAGACUGUGACUGGAGAGUUGACCUUCAUAUUCUUCCUCUGAUGACUGUAGCAGCUACACUGAAGAGAAGUUCGCCCCCUGCUGGACUGAGCCUUGUCUUGCAGCUCUUAAUUCCUCCACAAACAGAAGAAAAAAAAAACGAUGUAGGGAUUUAACUUAAAACGGACAGAGUCCUUUAGAAAAGAGUAUUAUAGUUACACAUUUGCAUUAAAAUAUGUUUUGUGUUUG